CUGGGCGGGGCGGCCUCGGGCGCGGCCUCGCGGGGCUCCGCUCGGCCGCGCUGCCCCCGGCUCACGUGCAGAACUGGCCGCCGUAACAGCUGAAUGUCUGCGGAGUGACUUUUGCUGCUAUGGUGUGUGUACGUGGGUGUGUGUGUGUAAAUCUGACAGCAGCCAAAGCAUUGAAAAACAAGUCUACAAAGAAGCUACAGAACUGAUGUAUGAAAGAAGCUUGCAAAACCAGUCUAAGAACUUCAAAGGCUGAAGAGGGCAGAACGCAGAGCAAGAAGGAAUCGCCCUACAAUCGCAACCUGCCAACAGGGCAGAAGGGAUGAUCUUUGUCUGACUUAGCGGGAUCCACAGACCUGUAUGAAGAAGUAUGAUUGUAGAAAUGGGUGAGAACAACAAAGCUUCAGAUUUGUCUGCCUGCAAAGAGGAGUGUCAGGUGUGUCCAAAAAGACCUGACUCCAUCCCCUGUGGUCAGUCUGGCUGGCCGCCAAACUACUCCCAGCAACUUGAGACUUGGUAACACCUUCACCUUACUCACGGGCACUGGGAGGACGGUCUGUGUGUUUGUUUCUUUCGUACGAAUGUAUGAAUGAACAGUACGCCCUGUGUGUAGAACACCAUCCAAGGGGCUCCUCGCCCGGGAAGGCAGAGGAAGCUGCUGUGUUUCCUGCCUUUGGAAACAGGGUCACAGUGAGUGUGAAGGUGGAGGAGGGGACCUCAGACAGGAUGCAGCCCACCAGGGCACUGCUGCAGCCUGGUGAUUCCUGGCCAGAGCAGCUAUGGACCCAACCUCCAGAUGUGUCUCUGAAGGAGGUGGCACAGAGGGACAGCCUAGGGCCUCGGGACCAGCCACCCCAUGGCCUCACAAAGGAGUCCACGCCCAACCCUGAGUCAGAUGAGAAGCCAGAUGCAGGGGCCCUGGGCAGAGCUCAUCAGCAGCAUCCUGAAGAAGGGCCUGCAAACCUGGAGCUGCCGAGGACUUCCCCAGGGAGGCUGGGGGAGAGGGGCGCCCUGAGCCCUGAGCAGGGCCAGCUGCAGAAGGGGCAGGGCAGGCUGGCAAGGCAGGGGGAGAGCAUGGAGCUCCGGGAGGCCUUUGAAAAUGUGGCUGUGUACUUCACGCGGGAGGAGUGGGAGCUGCUGGAGGAUGCACAGAAGGGGCUGUACCGGGACCAGAUGCUGAGAAACUGCCGAGCUCUCGUUUCCCUGGGAUAUCGAGGUCCCAUGCCUGACUUAAUUCUCUGCAUGCAGCGAGGACAGGAGGAGCUCUGGGUCAGUGAUGAGAAGGACCAUGGGGACAUCUCUAGAUUGGAGGACCUGUCACCAGGGGGCGCCUGGCUGCUGAGCAGACCUGAGGAGCACAGUCCUAAGGCAGGGCCAGCAAAUCUGGAGCCAGCCCAGACUUCUCUAGGGAGUUUGGGUGAGAUGGAGUCUUUGACAUCUGUGGAAGAACAAUGGCUCAAGAGCCAGGGAUGGCCCCAAAAGCAUAUGGAGAAUAAAGCAGGGAAGCAGGCUCCAUCUCUCCUUGGGCGUGAAAGUGGAGAAGGGAGCGAAGCCAGAGGGAGCCCUCGGCACAGGGAAGAAUUUGUGGAGCUGAAGAGCCAUGAGGGAAAGCUCUACCAGAGGGACACCCUGCAUCUGAACCAAGCAAGCAAGGAGGGCCUCGGAGGGAAGUGGGAGGUCCCCGCUGAGCCCAAGGGCAGAUCCCACCCCUGUCCUGAGUGCCAGAAAAGCUUUAGCUGCCCUUCUCUCCUAGUUUUGCACAGGAGAAGCCACAAUGGGGAGAAGCCCCACCUGUGCACCAAAUGUGGGAAGGACUUCAGCUGCCUCUCGACCCUGGAUCAGCACUGGUGUCUGCACACAGGAGAGAAGGCAUAUCUGUGCCCUGAGUGUGGGAAGAGCUUCACCCGGUCCUACAGCCUGGCCCAGCACCAGCGCAUCCAUACAGGGGAGAAGCCAUAUCAGUGCCAUGGGUGUGGGAAGAGCUUCACCCGGUCCUACCAACUAACCAUACACCAGCGCAUCCACACGGGGGCAAAGCCACAUCAAUGUUCUGAGUGUGGGAAGAGUUUCAUCCACUCCUCCAGCUUGACCAAACACCACCGGAUCCACACAGGGGAAAAGCUACAUCAGUGCUCUGAAUGUGGGAAGAGCUUCACCCACUCUAGCCUGGCCCAGCACCAGCGUGUCCACACAGGGAACAAGCCACAUGAGGUCUGUGAGUAUGUAAGUGUUUCAGCCACUCCUCCAACCUGGCCAGACACCAGCAUAUCCACACAGGAGAGAAGCCAGGUCAGUUCUCUGAGUAUGGGAAGAGCUUCACCUAGUGUUCCAACUUGGCCCAGCACUAGCGCAUCCAUGCAGGGGAGAAGUCCCAUUAGUGCUCUGUGUAUAGGAAGAGCUUUACUCACUUCUUCAGCCUGGCGAAUCACCAGCAUAAGUACACAGGAGCACAGCCACAAAAGCGCUGCAAGUGUAGGAAGAGUUUCAUCCAGUCCUUCCACCUUGCCCAGCACCAGUGCAUCCACACAGGGAAGGAGCCACAUUAUUGUUCUGUAUGGGGGAAGAGAUUCAGAGAGUCUUCCAUCCUGAGGCAGCACCAGCACCUCCACAUGACAGAGAGGCCACACUGCGGAUCUAUGCAUGAGAAUAUUUUCCAGGACUCCUGCACCCUGGCCAAACACCAGUGCAUCCACACUGGGGAGCACCCAUAAUUCUGCCAGCAGUGCAGGGAGGGCUUGGGGAUGCCUGCCUGCUCAGCUCCCGCCUCCUGCUGCUGGAAUGCAGAAAGAUUUCACGCAGCCUUUGGGCCUUGUGGGGCACCCCAGAACUAGAAGGAUCCAGAGGCUGGCUUCCAAGCUUUGAUUGUGGGGAGGGGCCAAGAGGAAACACUGGGCAGAGGCCAGCCCAGACACUGGGGGAACCUGUAAGGAGACUAUCUUUGUAUCAACUUUGGAGCCUGUGCUUUUGCCAUCGUUCUAAAAGCAGCCAGUGUUCUCGGGGCAGAAGCGCCUUCCUAGUAGGGUGCCCUCCCCCAGACAGGUGGCUCCAAGUGCCUCUAGGACCUGUCCUUGGCCCUCCUGUGCCCACUGGGGCCUGCAAGGAGGUGCUGCUGCUACCCCUCAGCCCAUCUUGGCAUGUUUUGCUUUUCAGUUUCUCUCCAGAGCUCUGCACCCCUGGGUGCCUGCCACUUCUCUGCUUUCCUGCCCUUCGCAGCACUCUGUAAUGCAGCCUGUGGUCAGAAAGCUGCAGCACUGAACACUAUAUCCCUGUGUCUGGUCUCCUGACCCUCUCCAGAGCUGUGAGAUGGGAACCAAUCAAGGCCCAGAACCUUUCCAGGGCAGAUCUCCCUGUGAAUUCCCAGCCCUUUCCCUUUGAGGAUUCACCAUGGUCCAAGGAUUGUUGCAAACACUUUGGCGCAGAAGUUGGUCACGCUCAAGGCCUCUUUUCCCUGUGUACUACUGUGCAGCAAGGCCCCUGCCCUUUGGAAGAAGCCUGGGGCCAGUAGAGUGCCUUUUCUGGACAUCCUGAGUGAAUAUAUGGUUUUCAUAUGACUGGGAGCCACCCAGAGCUCAAGUUGCCUCUGUCUCCUCACUAGGGAGUGCAGGGCAGACACACAUGGGUGCAAGCACACACUAGACUCACUGGUCCCAUUUCUCCUUCUGGUCCAGGAAAGCCUGCUGUCUCUUGUCCAGAGCCAAACGUUAGCAGGGCUGCAUCCCCUGCAGGGAGCAAUAACUCCUGAAAGGAAUCCUAGAAAGUUGGGGUUGGGAGGGACCUCAGGAGGUCACAUCUAGUCCAGCCCCCUGCUCCAAGCAGGACCAGCCCCAACUACAUCAUCCCAGCCAAGGUUUUGUCUAAGCAGGUUUUGAAAACUUCCAAGGAUGGAGCUUCCCCCACCUCUCUAGGUAACCUGUUCCAGUGCUUCACCACCCUCCUAGUGAGCCCAUUGCUCCUUGUUCUGUCAUCUGCCCCCACUAAGAACCGUCCAGCUCCAGCCUCUCUGCAACCCCCUGCAGGGAGUUGAAGGCUGCUAUCAAAUUCCCCUUCAGUCUUCUCCAGACUCAAUCAGCCCAGUUCCCUCAGCCUCUCCUCACAAGUCCUGUCCCCCAGUCCCCAGCCAUUUUCCUUGCCCUCUGCUGGACUCUCUACAACGUCUCCACAUCCUUUCUGUGUGGGGGGACCACAGCUGGACACAAGACUCCAGAUGUGGCCUCCUCAGUGCUGAAUAGAGGGGAAGAAUCACUGCCCUCCAUCUGCUGGCAGUGCUCCUACCAAUGCAGCCCAGGAUACCAUUAGCCUUCUUGGCAGUAAGGACACAUUGCUGGCUCCUGUCCAGCUCCUUCUCCCCUGUCCCUCCAGGUCCUUUUCUGCAGAGCUGCUGCCCAGCCAGUUGCCCCCAGCCUGUCCCAGUGCAGGGGAUUGUCUCAUCCUAAGUGCAGGACUUUGCACUUGUCCUUGUUGAACCACAUGAGAUUCCUUUUGGCCCAAUCCUCCAAUUUGUCUUGGUCACUGAAUCCUAGCCCUGUCCUCCAGCAUAUCUACUGCUCCCUCCAGCUUGGUGCCAUCUACAAACUUGCUGAGGGUGCACUCUGUGCCAUCUUCCAGGUUGAUGAAGACAUUGAACAAAACCGGCCCCAGGACCGGGGCACUCCAUGCAAGACCAGCUGUCAACUAGACAUCGAGACAUUGAUUUACUACCCUCUGAGCCCGUGCUUCAGUCAGUUUUCUUUCCCCCUUACAGUCCAUUCAUCCAACCCAUACUUCCUUAGCUUGCCUGCCAGAAUUUUGUGGGGGACCAUAUCAAAAGCCUUGCUAAAAUCAGUGUAUAUAACAUCCACCAGUCUCCCUGCAUCCACAGAGCCAGUCACCUUGUCAUAGAAGGCAAUUGGAUUGUUUAGGCAUGAGUUGCCCCUGGUGAAUCCCUGCUACUUUAUCCUAAUCACCUUUUUCUCCUCCAAGUGCUUCAAAAUGGAUUCCUUGAGGAUCUGCUCCAUGAUUUUUUCCAGGGACUUAAGUGAGGCUGACCGAUCUAGUUCCCUGGAUCCUCCUUCUUCCCUUUCUAAAAAUGCCUGUGUGGGGGGUGUGGGGCUUUGACAUGAGGGUGGAGUGGACAGCCAGUGGUUUGGGGGUGACCUGGGCAUAGCUGUGCCUGUGUUCUGCUCGGGGCCAUUCCAGGCAUGUGGGCUUUGCUGGCUGCCACGCGGAGCUGGCUGCGAAUCCUGGCCUCAACCCGCUUCUGCUACGUGUGUCAGGGGGUGUCCUGUUUUUAAGCCUUCCUCCCAGGCACUGGGUGUGUGGCCAUGUCCUGAGCCUUUCUGGAUAGGCUGGGACUAGCCUCUACAUAAGAAUAGUGUUGAACUGACACUAGCGUAUUAAUCUUUUAAUUAGAUGUAUUAUUAUCUAGUUUUAUUUAGAUGUUAUUGUUAUGCAAUGCAAGGCUUGGACCCCACUUAUUAUUGCUUAGCAUAAAUAGAAUAGUUAUUUUAUGUCUAGUUACAAAUCAAGUUAUUCGUCUAUACUCUGAUUAUUAUAUUUUAUAUUCUUUCAUAACAUUUGGAUGCAUGGAUGAAUGAAUGUAGAAUCAAUAGUAAAAGCAGAGCAAGCUAUGAAUACGUGUCAGUAAGCAAGUUACCAAAUGGCAGAUCAUGCUGAAGAUGGCUAAAGAACCAGUUGGUGCCAGACGAGGAAGAGAUCAUCAGCAGAGACCAGCUUAAAACAAGGCCUGGACAGCAUCCCAAGGCUACAGGACUCCCUUUGCGAUGGGCAUGGCCUACUCCGUGAUAACAGAGGAACGCUGAAUGAUGCUAGCGCCUGGGGCAAUGAUGCAUGAGCUUGACUUCAUGCCAGAAUGGAAAAGUACCCUAGUCUCAAACAAAGACUUGUAAUCUCUAUGAAAGAAGAGACUUAACAGUAUAAAGGUGGGAACUCACUCUGCAAACUUCACGGAAGCAUGGGUGUGUCUGUACACCUUGCUUCCAAUGGGAUCUCAAUAUGCCUAGGCUGGCCACCUAGAGCAAAUAUUGAGCAACUGACUUUGGUAACUAUAACACCUGCAGAGAGAACGAGAAUAAAUGUCUAUAUGUAUGUAUUGUUUUAAUGCUGUUGUAGUCUCAAUAAACACAGCAAAUUGCUUUGUCCCUCCUGA